AUGGCAUCAAACCGCUCAGAGGUCCUCCUUCUGUGCCUUGCAUAUUCAGACUUCAUCGAUGUCAUGUACCAACGCCUCUUCAACCGACUGAGAGAAUUGGGCCAACCGAAACGCGCCAAAACGGCUGCCGGGGUCAUACGUUACCUUGCGACAAACACCCCCCGAGCCAUCAUCGUCGCGGAUCAAGGUAUCACUGAGCCCGAAAAUCGCACCGUCGUGGAGAAGCUCGUGUCCUACGUUCGUAACGGUGGCGUGGCCAUCGUUGGCCUACACUUCCCCAACUUUGCAUCUUGUGAAGGAAUCGACAGCUUCUUUCAGCAGGCAUUCGGGCUGCCGUGGGCGCACGGGGAUUAUCACCGGUGCAUGUUCGCAUUCAAUCCCGCGUGUACCCUCCCCCCCGGGAUUGUGCCCAGCUCGUUCCCUGGGUCAUACAGCAUGAAGGUGCUUCAUAUUCAGCACGCGCGCUCCCACGAGAAGUUGUUCGUUCCCGUCGAAGGGGCCCAGUCUGCUUUCCUAUCGAUAUCCGCCGACCCGGAGCAAGCUGCGGUGGUGGGAGCGAAGGUGGGAAAUGGAUACGUAUUUUAUUCCGGGGACAUCUACCCGCAGGAGGAAUCGGAUCAGGUCAUUCUAUCUCUGUGUGGCUAUUGA